GGGGAGGGAGGAGGGCGGAAAUAUAGACAUUUCUGUCUUUAUAGAAAAAAAAAAAACCAGCUUCAUUUAACUCUGUUGUCUUAAAAAAAUGCGGGGACCAAUCUGCUUCUUGCAAUUUGAGUUGUGUGCCACAAUGCAUGAAUGAAUGAAUGGAUGUAUUUUCUCACUCUAUUGUCCCCCAUGAGUCAAAAAAAACCAACUCAAGAUUGUCCAAUGGACGUGCUUGAAGAUCCCUAUUUAAGCUUGCAGUUGUUUGCAAAUAAGCAGAGUAAACCCCCUUUAUUUUACUUUCUCUUUUCUACAUCUUAUUUUCCACCCAGAAACGUCCCCCCACCCCUUUAUUUUAUUAUUGACAUAUUAUCUAUGGCAACGACAGUGCUAUUCAAUCAACAACUUCAGCAGCCAGACUUACCGUAUUCUAUGCAGCCACAUGAUAACCUCGCUACAACAGCUGCUUCAGCUUCCUCCUUCCUCUUUGACUAUUUUCCAUUGGAAAUCUGCAACAGAAUUGCCGACUAUUUAUCAAAUAAGCAAAUAAGUGAAUGUCGGACCGUCUGCAGAGCUUGGCAUAGACUGUUCACUCCUUCACAGUACCGUCACAUUCAUCUGCGUGGACGAAGGCAGUUUGUUCAAUUUUAUCAAUCCGUCAAAAUGGAUAUAGUAGGCCAUUAUGUGCGGCGACUGUCUGUAGACAAUGUGUCCCUCACAAGAGAAGAGCUUCAUUCUUUGCCACUCUUAUGCCCCAACGUGGUCGAAUUUUCCUUUAACAAUAAACAAACCGUCGUCCCUGCCCUCGCGAGGCCAGUGACCUCUUCAGGCUAUUUUGAUGAGGAGGAGGAGCAGGAGCAGCAGGAACAGCAUCCGAUGGACAUAGAUACAAAUACAACAACAAAUACGUUCAUUGAAUGGAAACACUUGAAGCGGCUGACGGAAUUGAACGGCUUGACCGUUUUAAAUCAUCUGCUGCAAGCCCCAGAGACAGUGCUGUCCUCUUUAACUCAUUUAUCGGUGAGUUUGAAGGAGAGCAACGACAACAGCAACAACAGCAACAACAACAGCGGUAGCAGUAGCUCUCGUUUGAAACAAGAGUUCUUUACUGCUCUUUCCAAAGCGAGUCGUUUGAUUGAUUUAUCGUUGGAUGCGAUCACACUGACACUUUCAGAAAUGGAGAUGAUUCACACUGUAUGUCCUCUUCUCCAAACGUUACGCAUCACCAAUGUUCAUUUAGCACCUAUGGACAGCAGCAGCAGUAAUGAAGAGAAACGAUCGAUCAUAGCCCUCAACCCAUCUAUUCAGCUAGCCUAUACGAUGCGUGCAUUCAAAUACCAAAAUGGAGGCGACUUGUAUAUGAAUUACGAAUGGCUUUACUACAUUGCCCGCAAGUAUCCCCAAUUGGAGGAACUUGAACUCUGGUGUGAAUACUCUGUCGAUCUAGUCUCAGAUGAGUACGAUGCGGAAGACAGUGUUCGCCAACGAGAACUAGCCGAACGAUAUGCAGCAUUAACCCACAUCAUCUUAUCCUGCGGCCGAACGUUGACAUCACUCCAGUUGAUGCAUCUGCCUAUGAACGAAUGGCUCUUUGAAGCCAUGGAUCACAUGGGAACUCGGCUUGAGCAUUUCUCCGUCGGUGACAUGACAGAUCACACCCUGAAUUUACUCCAGCAUUUAGCGGCUUCUAAGCAGAAUGUGUCGAGCUUGACGGUAUGGGGCUGGCCCUCCCUUUGCCUACAAGAUACAAUGGAAGAAACGAUCCGUUGGAUAGGCCGUUGUAGCCAUCGAUUGCAAACAUUGACCUUUUCCAUGCGUUUCUCAGGCAUCAAGAACUUUCCGAUGCCUGUGGAUUUGCUGCUGGAUGUGUGCCCGCAGCUGACGUCUCUGACAUGCGAGGGUGUACAAGUGACGGCGAAUAGUGCAGACGUUUCCGUGAUGGCCUUCGCAAGGGAAGCACGGAGGACGGCGUCUGACGCGUUUCUGCGACCCUGUUUGAAAACGCUUGUCCUCAAGAACGGAUCGUUCCGGAAUGCGUUCUUUACCUACCUGUCUCUCCGCUGUCCUCGGCUGAAUGUAUUGGAAAUCACCUCCUGCACGCUCAUUGAUAGGGUCGCUUCGGACAUUAAAGUCAACAUGGACAUGCCUCACCAUUGCUUUCAACGGGUGAGCAUCGACUUUCUUCGUCCGCCAUCGCAUUACCACCAUAACAGUACACCGCAGGAUAUUCGUCUGUUUGAUGUGUCCGUGAAGGAGGAGAGGGAGGAGGACGCUCCCCCUCGUCGUCGUUUGUUAGAGCUGGUCAAUUACGAACGGUAUUCUCCUGAUCUUGAAUUUGACUAUAAGCAGAGGACAUUUGAAUUGACACGGCCCAUCCACUAUGUGGAUUACACAGAGCGUGGUUACUUACCGCCUGGAUUUGUCAUUGUUAUCAACUGCCAAAAGUUGAACGAACUGCAUAUUGGAAACAUUUGGGUCUCCUAAACAUCCAUUUUUUUUUACCUUGACAAUGAUGUGUCCAUACCUUACAUACCAUGAAUAAUAACUGUAUAUAUUCGCCUCUUUGUUUGCUUUUUACCCUUCGCUCUAUGUUGCUUGUUUCCCCCUCCCACACACACACACACACACUAUUCCCCUUUUUUUCUUGUUUUGCGCCAUCGCAUGUGGUUACCCUUACUUUUUCCAUAAUAAAAAAUUUGAUUU